CAAGUAUGUGUUCGAAAAGAAGUUGACAUUUACGCGCUUAUUAUAAUUAUAUGAUUGCGGUGACUGUGUGUUAUUCAUGUUGUUCAAAAUACGCUUGUAAAUGAUCACUCGAGUGUACAAACUGGUCUCGUAUAAUUUAAAGUUGGAGUGGACUCUACCGACGUAAUUAUUCUAAAGUAUGGUAAAAUACUAACAUACUAUAUGGGGACUAUGAUCACAAACAAAUUAACAUGAACAUGUGCUCAAAAACUGAAUGGAUAUGGAGUCUUAUUUUGAAAGGAAGAUCAAUGGACUGCCUUUCUCAGAAAAUGAAGAAAAUAAAUAUGAAUUUCACCGUUUGCUUAGUUUUAAAGACUGGCCGCCAGAGAAUCCUGUGUUUGCUAUUCGUUUGGCCAGAGCUGGUUUCUACCACAUUGGACAGGGGAAUAAAGUGAAAUGCUUUGUUUGUGGUAUUGAGAAGAGUGACUGGCAUGACAAUGACAAUCCACAAGAAAUCCAUCAGACAUUGAAUCCAGAAUGUUUGUUUUUAUCUGAAAACCAACUCCACAAUGUACCAUUUCAGAACCAAAACGACCUCACUUCAACACCUUUUCUUGAAAGAUUGGGUUCUAUUCUAGAUAGCAGAGAAGGUUCAGAAGACAAUGUUCAAAAUACUGCUUAUGGGACAAUAAAUGAACACUCAGAAUAUUCAUCAUUAUCAAGUGCUAGACCUUUGAUUUCUAGUCAGAGUGCCUACUGCCUUAGUACAAACAGGGAACAAACAGUUUCUCGGUCUCAUUCUAGUGGAAACUUACACCAGUCAUUGACCCCUCAAAGGACCUGUGAAAACACAUGUCCCUCAGUUGUUGAUGCUGCUGCAGCCCAUUCAGAGCCAGUCUUACAUACAAUUGAAAGAAGAAACCCAUCUGAUAGUACGACAGCAUCAUGUAGUGGUGAAAUCCCGCCUCCAACAUGUGCUGGUCUGGGGCCACUACGCUUUGAGAGAAACAGGUUGAAAACGUUUAAAGAUUGGCCCAGUACAUGUCCAAUCUCUGCAGGUGAGCUUGCCAAACAAGGCUUCCAAUACACUGGCAUUGGUGACAGAGUCCAGUGCAUAUUUUGCAAAGGAGUGUUGCGCAAUUGGGUUGAAGGAGACAGGCCGCAUAUUGAACACAGAAAACACUUUCCAUGCUGCCCAUUGGUCCUCGGCCUCAGAAUAGGGAAUAUUCCACUGCCCUUGAGUCAGAAUCACGUCCCUGCCACCACUGCACAGCAAACAGACUUAUGUAGCAAUAUAGCUGAUGCUUUAAACAGAAAUGGCCUGAAUUCAGAACACUUGGGUAUUAUUACUGAUCGACCGAAGCAUCCCUUGUAUGCAAUAGAAUCUCAGAGGUUGAGAUCGUUUCAUGGCUGGCCGCCAUACAGACACCAGACCCCACAGCAGUUGGCAGAGGCUGGAUUUUGGUAUGCAGGCAUGAAUGAUAAUGUGAAGUGUUUUUUCUGUGACGGAGGCCUCCGUAACUGGGAACCAACCGACCAGCCUUGGGAGGAGCAUGCUCGCUGGUUCCCUUGCUGCCCAUUUGUCCUGCAGGUCAAAGGUCAAGGUUAUGUUGCCAUGGUGGUGCAAAAACAUGGCAGUCAGGAUGAUGCUAGAAGUGGUUCAGCCGACAACCCAUCAGAAAGAGGUUGUGGUCGUUACCCGGUUGAGGAGCGGGAGGUGCUGGCCCGGAUGGACUCCCCCUACGUCCGCAAGCUGGAGGGCAUGGUAUCCCAGGACAUCAUCAUGCGGACCAUCCGGAAACACCUUGCAGAGACAGGCGAUGACUUCCCGUCCAGUACGGCCCUAUUGGAGGCAGCGUUUGCACUGGCAGCUCAACAGUCAUCACAGUCUACACAGUGUCUGCAUUCUAACCUGCCUGCCUCACAGCAACAUCAGCAGCAACAAUACUAUGACCAGCAGCAGCAGUUGCAACAGCAUCAGCAACAACAUCAUAAUCAGCACUUGCAACAGCAACAACAUCAGUAUCAACAGCAGCAGCAACAACUGCAGCAGCCACAACAACAGCAGCAAAAUCAGCUACAAUCACAUCAGCAUCUGCAGCAGCAGCAGCAGCAACAGCAGCAAGAGCUUGUAAAUCCUCGAGUGAACCCAUCUUUAGAUCUAGCUCAGAUCUCACAAGGGCGCUCACAGAGUUUGCCUCCUCAGUCCACACAAGCCACAGUAGAUAUGGAGGUAUCUACAGCUGCACAGAACACAGGACAAGGCUUGGUUAAACAGCACGUUGCAUCUGUAUUCAGUAUCGGUUCAACAGAAGUGUCGGCUGAUGAUCUUCUGAAGGAGAAUCUGGAACUGAAGGAACAGAGGCUGUGUAAAAUCUGUAUGGCCUGUGAGACCAAUGUGGUCUUUCUGCCCUGUGGCCACUUCGUCUCAUGUGCUGGCUGUGCCCCUGCUUUACAGCUGUGUCCCAUAUGCAGAGCAACCAUAAAGGGAACCGUCAGAACUUAUGUAGCAUAAGGCUUACAAGGGAAUGUAUCAAAUGGCAUCAAUUAAUGGAAACAUCUGGACUGUGUAUGAUAACUUAAUAAGGCUAGCUUGUAUAUUGGCACACAUGUCGGGCCACAGUGAAGGAAACCAAAAGGACUGAUAUAGCCUUAGUCUUCCCAAAACAUGUGACCAAUAUACAGAGCUACCAGCAUAUUGGGAGACAUCCAAAGUUAUGGAGCCUUAUGCUGACUAACUGUAAGGGGUUAAUGGAAACUGUCAUUACUUGUAUGAAACUCCUAAAGACUUAUCGUGUAUAAAUGCUUCUAAGCAACAGAGUCCAAUCUGUCAAGUGGGUUUUUUAUUAAUU